GCGGCUCGCGCCGGCACCAUGAACCCGCUGUAACGCGCAGGCAGCGCGGCGCGGGGGGAGGGGGGAGGAGGAGGCCGCCGCGGCGAAGUUCUCCGCCAUGAACCUGAGGGGCCUCUUCCAGGACUUCAACCCGAGUAAAUUCCUCAUCUAUGCCUGUCUCCUGCUGUUCUCUGUGCUGCUGGCCCUUCGUCUGGAUGGCAUCAUUCAGUGGAGUUACUGGGCUGUCUUUGCUCCAAUAUGGCUGUGGAAGUUGAUGGUCAUUGUUGGAGCCUCAGUUGGAACUGGAGUCUGGGCACGAAAUCCCCAAUAUCGAGCAGAAGGAGAAACGUGUGUGGAGUUUAAAGCCAUGUUAAUUGCAGUGGGCAUCCACUUGCUCCUGUUGAUGUUUGAAGUUCUGGUCUGUGACAGGAUUGAAAGAGGAAGCCAUUUCUGGCUUCUGGUCUUCAUGCCGCUGUUCUUUGUCUCCCCGGUGUCCGUUGCAGCUUGUGUUUGGGGCUUUCGACAUGACAGGUCACUAGAGUUAGAAAUACUGUGUUCUGUCAACAUCCUGCAGUUUAUAUUCAUUGCCUUAAGACUGGACAAGAUCAUCCACUGGCCCUGGCUUGUCGUGUGUGUCCCUCUGUGGAUUCUCAUGUCCUUUCUGUGCCUGGUGGUCCUCUAUUACAUCGUGUGGUCUGUCCUGUUCCUGCGGUCCAUGGAUGUGAUUGCAGAACAGCGAAGGACACACAUAACAAUGGCACUGAGCUGGAUGACCAUCGUCGUGCCUCUCCUGACUUUUGAGAUCCUGUUGGUUCACAAACUGGACGGCCACAACGCAUUCUCUUGUAUCCCGAUAUUUGUCCCUCUUUGGCUUUCCUUGAUCACUCUGAUGGCAACCACAUUUGGACAGAAGGGAGGAAACCACUGGUGGUUUGGGAUUCGCAAGGAUUUCUGUCAGUUUCUGCUUGAAAUCUUCCCGUUUUUGAGAGAAUAUGGAAACAUUUCCUAUGACCUCCAUCAUGAAGAUAAUGAGGAAACAGAAGAAACCCCAGUUCCAGAACCUCCUAAAAUUGCUCCAAUGUUUCGGAAGAAGACCAGGGUGGUUAUCACCCAGAGCCCUGGGAAAUACGUCCUCCCGCCUCCCAAAUUAAAUAUCGAAAUGCCAGAUUAGACGCCACCCCCGGAACGGAACGCAGGGGGACCAGGACGCUCGCUGUCUCCCAGCCUCCUCUGCCUCUUUGUUUCCCCACCCGGAACUGGGACUGGAGCUGGGGCUCCGGGGACUUCCAUCUCAUGCCUUGUUUGCACUCAACACCUACCAGUGACUCACCGUGACGGACGCACACGUGGCAGGGGACGGGCACGCGCAGUGUGGGCUGGGGGGGUGGGUGUCAGCGGCUAUGGGCAUGAUGGGGGCAGCGCGUGCGAGAAGGAGAGAGCGAUCCCCUCCUCCGGCCGGGUGCCUCAGGAGCUGGCUGGGCUCUGUUAGGGAUGGCUAAUUAGGCCAGGGAAGGAACUGGUUUUCAAAGUGCUACAGUUCCCAUCAAAAGUGUUCUUUGGAAACGUUAUCUGAAGCAGGCUGGCCUCACCACGUAGCUUAGAGUCUGCCGUCGGGGCGUAGUCAGGAGGAAGUAUAGCUACACCGCGGUGGCACCGCGCGCGCCCACGCCGUCCUUGCUGUUUGUGUUCCGGCGGCGGGAGUCCGUUCUCUUCGGGCAAUGCUGACGGCAGGUGUUCCCGGCCCCCUCGGUGAGCCCUUUCUAAUGGAGUGACUCUGUGCCUGUAUAGUAUUUAUACAAAUCUUUUAGCCUUGUAAUAUACCGUGUCAAAUCCUAGUUCUGUACAGUAUAUUCUGUUAAAGUAUUUUUUUACGAGCUUGUAUUGGAGACAUACGUGUUCUGUUGCAGACGUAGAUGCUGCGGGCACACCUGUCGUGCCCGGGGUGCGGGGCUGUCAUGCCUUCAUGGGACAUCAGCAUUUCCCCCUUGGAAUCCUCCACACACACCGUGGCUGCCACUGCCAGAACAGCCACAGGAAGCAAGAAACGCUCGGGGCUUUUCCUGCACCCUGGGAAUACUGGCUGGCAGACAACCACCGGGCGUGACCUGAAGCUGGAAACACUGGACAAAGUGGCUGAGACUAGAAACAGGCACUGGAAGGGUGGAUUUGUUAAGGUCUGAGGCGUCGUGUCUGUCUGUCCACAACAGAAAUUGUGCCGGCUGGGCCCGGGCCUUGAACUGGGAGUGCCAUGGCCCAAGGAGGCAAAGCAGAAGCAAGCAGACGCUCCAGGCUAAGGGCCGUUCGUUCCAGGAGGGAAAAGGAGCACUGACGCUGUCACCCCGGACAAGGGGGCAGGGUUGAACGCGGGCAGCUGCUGCCAUGUCUAAGCCGGGCUCAACUGGUGUCCAGCACACACAAGACCACCUGGCACGGCCUCGAGCCUGCGGGCCGGCGGGGUGGGGGGUAGGGGAGGAGAUCGGGAUGGCAAAGCGUUUCCUGCUUGGUGUGUAACAAAUGUAGCGCAAUCCACUAUUUUUGCUCCCUGCAGCUGUUCAAUAAACUGGUUCCUCCUUUUC